CGUGACCGAGAUCUCACAUGACGUAGGUGCUCACGUGAUCAAUCGCUUACGUGAGCAGAAGUAGUUCUGGUCGUCGUCUACCGUCUCGCUAUAGCCGUUUGAGGGAAGAAGGAGGAAAAUUACCCGGUAUCGUUAGAGUGCUACAGUGAACAAUUGCAAGUAUUUCUGUUGACCAGAUUCCUGGAAGGAAUUGUAGCAGGGUCAGAGGCCACAUCAAAAUUGCACUGAGCCAAGCUUGCCACCAAGAGCCCAACAGUCAACAUGAUGCUGAGCACAGAAGGCAGGGAGGGGUUCGUGGUGAAGGUCAGGGGCCUGCCCUGGUCCUGCUCAGCUGAUGAAGUGAUGCGCUUCUUCUCUGAUUGCAAAAUCCAGAAUGGCACAUCGGGUAUCCGUUUCAUCUACACCAGAGAAGGCAGACCAAGUGGUGAAGCAUUUGUCGAACUUGAAUCUGAAGAUGAAGUGAAAUUGGCUUUGAAGAAGGACAGAGAAACCAUGGGACACAGAUAUGUUGAAGUAUUCAAGUCCAACAGUGUUGAAAUGGAUUGGGUGUUGAAGCAUACAGGUCCGAAUAGCCCUGAUACUGCCAACGAUGGCUUCGUCCGGCUUAGAGGACUCCCAUUUGGCUGUAGCAAGGAAGAGAUUGUUCAGUUCUUUUCAGGGUUGGAAAUUGUGCCAAAUGGGAUGACACUGCCGAUGCUUAACUUAAAGAAACCCAAGGAAAGAAGAGGGCACAGGUACAUUGAAAUCUUCAAGAGUAGCCGAGCCGAAGUUCGAACCCAUUAUGAUCCCCCUCGAAAGCUCAUGGCUAUGCAGCGCCCGGGUCCCUAUGAUAGGCCUGGGGCUGGCAGAGGGUAUAAUAGCAUUGGCAGAGGAGUUGGGUUUGAAAGGAUGAGGCGGGGUGCCUAUGGUGGAGGGUAUGGAGGCUAUGAUGACUAUGGUGGCUAUAAUGAUGGCUAUGGCUUUGGGUCUGAUAGAUUUGGAAGAGACCUCAAUUACUGUUUUUCAGGAAUGUCUGAUCAUAGACAUGGAGAUGGUGGGUCCAGUUUUCAGAGCACCACAGGGCACUGUGUACACAUGAGGGGGUUACUGUACAGAGCCACUGAGAAUGAUAUUUACAAUCUUUUCUCGCCUCUUAACCCCAUGAGAGUACACAUUGAAAUUGGACCCGAUGGUAGAGUUACUGGUGAAGCAGAUGUUGAAUUUGCUACUCAUGAAGAUGCUGUGGCAGCUAUGGCAAAAGACAAAGCUAAUAUGCAACACAGAUAUGUGGAGCUUUUCUUGAAUUCUACUGCAGGAACAAGUGGGGGAGCAUAUGAUCAUAGCUAUGUAGAACUCUUCUUGAAUUCUACAGCAGGAGCAAGUGGUGGUGCUUAUGGUAGCCAGAUGAUGGGAGGGAUGGGCUUAUCUAACCAGUCUAGCUAUGGAGGUCCUGCUAACCAGCAGCUGAGUGGUGGUUAUGGAGGUGGUUAUGGUGGUCAGAGCAGUAUAAGUGGACAUGACCAAGUUCUGUAGGAAAACUCCAGCGACUAUCAGUCAAACCUUGCUUAGGUAGAGAAGGAGCCCUAAACAGCUAAUACAGAAAUAAAAGCUGUGCAUUUAAGGAAGUUAAAUAGAAUG